UCACUUCACCUCUCACUCUUUCAACCCACAGAAAACACACAACAAACCCUUACCAAGAAAGAAAAGAAACAUACCAAGAGUAAUAUAUAUAUGCCUCUCAAAGAAAUCGCGCUCAAGAAGCGCCGCACCCGCAAAGACUACGUCUUCCAUCAAGUCUACCGAACCCGAUGGCACGACAACGACAUGUACGCGCAUCUCAACAACACCGUCUACGCGCAACUCUUCGACUCAAUCAUUAACUCCUACCUGAUCACCGACUGCGGGAUGGACCCCUUCUCCCCAGCUCCAGCCCACGCCUCCCAGAUCGCUGUCAUUGCCAGCUCCUACUGCGAUUACUUCGCUUCCGUCUCCUACCCGGAUACCCUGGAGCUCGGCCUCCGGGUCACCAAGCUCGGGGGCUCCAGCGUCACGUACGAAGUCGGGGUAUUCCGGGAAGGCGAAGACGACGUCAAGGUUGUGGGGGGGUAUACGCAUGUAUGGUGUACGAGGGAGGACAUGAAGCCCGCCAAGGGGGGGAUGGAGAGGCGGGUUCGAGAGGCGUUGGAGAGGUUGAUGGUUCAGGAUGGUGCGAGGCUUUGAGAUGGGUUUCGAUUCAAGUUGGGGGUUUCCUACUCACGGUAAAGUAAAGGGGGGGGGUUGAAGUACUCCGUGUACUAGGUACGUAUGUAGGGCUUGCUGUAUCGUGUACUGGCUAGAAUAGACAGGUCAUUAUUACUAGGUAGGACCUGGUAGGUAGUAGGUACCUGCUCGGACUUAUUCUGUAUAGUAUGUGGGUAUCAUAUUAGAAUUAUUGUAGGUAUGGUGGAAAUCACAUUUAAG